AUGAGAGGAUUAAUUACUGAUGAGAAGUCAAUUUCAACCAAGAAGAGUCUGUUGCUCAAGCAUGUUGUAGCUUUGGCAGCUGUUGUUCUGGUUGCUUAUUUGACAUUCAACAAUUGGCCAUACGAUGUCAGAACUGCGCAAUAUGAUGAUAAGGCUUGUCCUAUGCACCCUAUCAGGGCUCCAGAAAGUUUUGUUAAAGAUAACACCACAGCUUUGAAUAUCCUUUACGAUGAAGAUUUCAGAUUGGGUUCUGUCAAAAAAUUAUCAGGGGCUGUUCAAAUUGACACUCAAGUUUUCGACGACCCUCCACAAGUUGAUGAUAAACCCGAGUACUGGAAGAAAUUUGCCAAAUUCCACGAAUAUUUGGAAAAGACUUUCCCAACUGUUUAUGACAAAUUGGAAGUGGUCAAAGUCAAUACUUACGGUCUUGUUUUCAUCUGGAAAGGUAGUGAUGAAUCAUUGAAACCUGUCAUGUUAUGUGCCCAUCAAGAUGUUGUUCCUAUUCAAAAGGACACCUUAGAUGAUUGGAGUUACCCACCAUUAGAAGGUCAUUACGAUGGUGAAAAAGUCUUUGGCCGUGGUUCUUCUGAUUGUAAGAAUGUCUUGAUUGCUAUUUUAGAAUCUUUAGAAUUAUUAAUCGCCAAAGAUUAUAAACCUGAAAGAGGAAUCAUCGCUGCUUUAGGUUUUGAUGAAGAAGUCAGUGGUAAAAAAGGAGCUUUAGAAAUUUCCAAAUAUUUGGAAGAAAGAUUUGGUCAAGAUUCAAUCUAUUCCAUCUUAGAUGAAGGUACCGGAAUUUCUAAGGAACCAAACACUGGUUUGAUUGUUGCUGGUCCAGCUGUCGCUGAAAAAGGUUAUGUUACCAUCAAUGCUAAGUUGAAAACUAAAGGUGGUCAUGCCUCGAUUCCACCAGACCAUACUUCUAUUGGUAUUGCUUCAGAAUUAGUUUAUCUCUUAGAAGAAAAUCCUUUCAAACCUGUUUUGUCCACUAAAAAUCCAACCUUGGAAUAUCUUCAAUGUUUGGCUAAAUACGGAGGUGACGCUUUCCCACCUUCAUUAGCCAGAGAUAUCUUAAGAGCUGGUUAUGACAAAGUUUCAAAUAGUAAAGUUAUUCAAUUCUUACUUAACCUUCCAAGUCCAUUAUUCAGAUAUUUGAUUCAAACCUCACAAGCUGUUGAUAUUAUCAGAGGUGGUGAAAAAGAAAAUGCUUUACCAGAAUUUACCGAAAUCUUUGUAAACCAUAGAAUUGCGGUUGAAAGUUCAGUUAAGGAAGUAGUUGACAGAUUUGUCGAAAUCACUAAAAUUGUUGCCAAAAAACACAAUUUAGCAGUCAACUUAGAUGGAGAAAGUGUAGUGGGACAAGAAGGAACUGUCGGUGUUUUCAACAUUGGUGUUGUUGACACUACUUUGGAACCUUCUCCUGUUGCUCCUACCACCGAUAAAGUCUGGGAAUACUUGGCCGGUGCUUCAAGACAUUUAGUUGAGGAUUUGAUUUAUCCUGGCCUUGAAACUCCUGUGAUUAUGGCACCUCUGUUAAUGCCAGCCAACACAGACACAAGACAUUAUCAUAAAAUCUGUGGAAACGUUUUCAGAUAUACUCCAGCUCUUGAUCCAGAAUUAUUACACAAUGCUCAUAGUGUUGAUGAAUACAUUCCGGUCGCAAGUCACUUACAUUUAGUUGCUUUCUUCUACGAAUAUCUUCAAAUUGUGAACACCAAAGAUGCUGGUAACUAG